AUGAGGCGACGACAUCGCAUCGAGAAGACGAACGGCUGUGGACCAUCGUCUCGCAUCAUCGAUUCUGAAGAAGACGAAGACAUCGAAAGAACGGGUUUGAACCCUGACGGUAAUCUCACCCUCACUUUCAGAUCAGGUCUCAUUGUCGUAAUCGUCGGCAAGAUAAGAAUGGACGAGAACAUGCCAUUAUAUGUGUCAAAUGCCGUGCUUUCGUCGUGCUAA